GGGGAAAAAAUAGUGGUUUCAGUAUGUUAGAGGCUUCUGAGCCAUCCCUGCAGCUGGAAAAUAACCACUCAGUUCACUGGAAGCUCUCAGAAAACCCGACUGAUAUUGAUAGAGCGCAGGAGCCUCUGAGAAUUUCAUACAGGUUUAAAUUGCACUUGCAAUAUUGCGAAAAAGCGUAGUUUUGAGUCCUUUUAAGACCUACAGGGUGGAUUUUCUGCAUUUGUUGUAAAAUGUGAGUGUUGUUGGUAAAGGUUUAGGGCUUCUGAGCAACACAGGUCCUUCUGAGCCGUUCCUGCUUUAAAAACCAUAACUUUCCGGCCACGGAAGAUGCGUUUGAGGCCUUGGCGAUUUAUUGUAGAGGCUGAAAAUGUCUGAGCCAUUUGACGUUUCUGAGCAAAUCCUGCGGCGCCACAAACGGGACAUCGCCGCUUAUUUAUCAAUGUAUCAAGUGACUUUUAUACGGUUUUUAAGCCACUUUGAGCGUGUUUAUUAGCCCGGAUAAUGACUGGACGUCCCGUCCAGAUCCUAAUCGAUUCCGACACGCUCGCGCUGGAAAUUGUCCAAUUUAUAUGCCCGGAAAGUUCGAUGUCUUUUAAUCAGCGAUUCUUGCUUGUAAUUUAAUCCGGGUUGCGGGUUUCUUUGAUCCCGAGGCUCAGAAGGCCAGUAAUCCAGGUAAAACUGUCCAGAAUGGCAGUCUCCUGCUGCCUCCUGCUGUUCGGGCUGCUGCUUCAUGGCGCGGAUGGGUGGAACAUUUCCGCCUCAGAGCCACUGCCUUCUGAGCUGUUCAAGCGGCUGUUCAGCCUCCUCUUUCCCAACGCCUCCUCACUGUGCUACAUUUUCCAGAGCGACUCACUCCAGCUGGCUCAUUUCCUCUCGCUGCCCGUCACCAUGGUGCAGUAUCAGAACGCCUCCAUUCUGCUCAAGAUGGAGCGCAGCUGUCAAGGCUUCGUUCUGAGCGUCAAGGACGUGGGCGUCGUCCAGCGCUACCUGCGCCUCAGAACCGUCCGCUAUGGCGUUCUGAAGCCGCACAGGCGCAUAGCCGUUGUCUAUGAGCGCGCCGCUCAGAUUCACCUGCAGGAGCUGCUCGGGCUGUAUGCCAUGGAUGUGGUCGAGGUGGAAAUGCCGGGCGACGCGCUCAGGCUCAGAAGACUCAGCGCAAAUCGGGUGAUUUUCCAGUGGAAUUUGACGGAAACGGAGUUUUUCCUCGAUGAGGCAGGAUUCGCGCAGGAAGAGUGGGAGCCGACGGCUUUUGCCCGACAAUUUAACUACACAUUUCAGUUUGCGGUCUUUGGAUGCGAACCGUUCAUUCUGGCUCAGAAUAAGCGGAUCAGGGGAGGGCCUGAGAUCAAUCUAGCCUUGGAGAUGACCAGAGGUUUGCCUUUGCGCUUUGUCUUUGCUGAUGCUACCACAGAAAACCCUUGGGCAGAGGCGCUCAAUUUGGUCAAGCGAAACGAGGUGGACAUGGCCGGAUGCUCGCAGUAUGUGGCCAACCAAUGGCGGCACAGCAUCGACUUCACCGUCAACCAAAACCAGAUCUGCCAGACGUUUCUGGUGCCGAAAGCGCGUCCGUCCUCAGACGUGCACUUUCUAAUCGAGGCGUUCAGUGGGCGGGUGUGGCUUUGCCUGCUGCUGGGCGCGGUCGGAUUCGGGGCCGUCGGCCGUCUCCUAUUGGUGGCGUGGCCUGCAGGGGGCGGAGCCUCCGCCUGGAUCACGCCAAUGCUCGAUGUGCUGCGCCUCUACUCGGCUGGCGGUGUUUUUGUAACAGGCGGCAACCUUGCCAGCUGCCCCGCCCGCAUCUACUUUCUCUUCCUCCUCUUUCACGGCUUUCUGAUCUCGACCUACUACUCAGCAGGUCUGAGCAGCACGCUGACCGUGCCGAAGCUGAUCAGACAGAUCAACACGCUGCAGGAUUUGGUCGAUUAUGGAAUCACGUUCCAGGAACAGUCCGGCAUCGUUGCCGCCUUUGACUUGGUCAAUUCCAGUUUGUUUAGGGGGCUGGCGCGGUUGCACAGCAACCAGCCCCGCUCCAGCACGCCAUUGGACGGUUUGACAGCGAUGACAGUCAAGACGUUGGACAACUCGUACGUCACCGAUCUGGACGGGUUUGAGCCGGACAAACUGAAGGACUACAAGGCGUUGAAGGAGUGCAUCGGCAAUCAUUAUAUGGGCUUUGCGCUGCAGCGCGAGUCGCCCUUUAAGCGCCGGUUCGAUACGGUGGCGAUGCGCAUCAUGGAGAGCGGGCUGCUGCGCAAAUGGCUGCACGAGCAGAUCUACCAGAAGAGUGCGCUGCAAGCGCAGUUCUUCUCGUCGUAUGCGCAGAACGCGCACUAUCGAACGAUCACAGCGCGCCGAUUGUAUGGCGCAUUCGUGCUGCUAUUGGUCGGCUACGGGAGUGGGGCGCUGGCGCUCCUUGUAGAGAUGGUGUUUAAUAAAAAUGUUUAGAUGAG